UUGUGACUCGUGCGGAUCCUGUUCCUGAACCAGAUCCUGCUAGAAUUCUCGGAAAAUAUGUUUUUUCGUACCGACCAUCUGAAGAAGAAUAUCGUAUGAGAAAUAGGCCGUUGGAUUUGACUAAUUUUGCUGAUAAUGAAGACUAUGACACAGAACCUUCUGCUAGUCACAGUAGUUAUGGCCACUCAUCUUCAGGUCACUCAACUAAUCCUGGAUUCAUGACAUCCUAUUCUACUUCAACAAGACAUAGGGCGCCCAGUGGUAUAGAUAAUGAAAGUGAUGAAGAUAGUGACGAGAAGGGAAAUUAUGUCAGUAGCAGUUCGGGAUAUUAUAAGAAGAAAUCGAUUAUCCCGAUCCUGCAGUCAUACAGUAUCAUUCACUCGUCAAAAGAACCCUCAUCCACAAACAAGGGUAGGCAAUAUAGCGAUGAAGAUGAGGAUUACGGAAGCAGGUACACAUCACCAAAAGUAAUUCACACCAAGGCGAAGGCCAUCCCCAUUAGCCAACACAUUGAGGUAGAGAAGCCAGUACCUGUACAUUAUGUGAAGAAAAUUCACGUGCCGAUUCCUAAGGGAGUGAAGGUACAUAUUCCACAUCCGGUUUUGGUGCCGGUACCACAGCCGUAUCCUGUUCAUAUUCCUGUAGCGCAACCUGUAGCAGUACCAGUCAUCAGGGAGAUAACCAUACCAAUCGAAAAGAUCGUUCCGUAUCCAGUGGAGAAAAGAGUACCCGUGCCAAUAGAGAAGCCAGUCCCGUAUCCAGUGGAAAAACACGUCCCAGUGCACAUACCCCAGCCAUACCCAGUGAAAGUCCCUGUUAUCAAAACCAUCGUUCACAAGUAUAAGGCACCACGUACCGUUGGUGUUGGAAGUGUCACAUUUUAAAUCAGUAACAUUCC